CUUCGUAUACCUCAGGACUUGACUUCAGGUAUUUACAAGGGACAGCAAAGUCGUCCGCCAUGAGUAAAUUGCAAAGUGAUGCCGUGAGGGAAGCAAUCACCCAGAUAAUGGGGGAUUCCAAGGAGAAGAAUAGAAAAUUCACAGAGACUAUUGAGCUGCAAAUUGGGUUGAAGAAUUAUGAUCCCCAGAAGGAUAAGCGUUUCAGUGGCUCUGUUAAACUACCCCACAUUCCCCGCCCUAAGAUGAAGAUAUGCAUGCUUGGUGAUGCUCAGCAUGUUGAAGAGGCAGAAAAGAUUGGAAUGGAGUAUAUGGAUGUGGAGAGUUUAAAGAAACUCAACAAGAACAAGAAACUUGUAAAGAAGCUGGCUAAGAAGUACCAUGCCUUCUUGGCAUCUGAAGCUGUUAUUAAACAGAUUCCAAGGCUUUUGGGCCCUGGUCUUAACAAGGCAGGUAAGUUUCCAACAUUGGUGACACAUCAAGAGUCCUUGGAGAACAAGUCCAAUGAAACGAAAGCUAUGGUGAAAUUUCAGCUUAAGAAGGUCCUCUGUAUGGGUGUUGCAGUUGGAAAUGUGGCAAUGGAGGAGAAGCAGGUGUUUCAGAAUGUUCAGAUGAGUGUCAACUUCCUUGUCUCGCUGUUGAAGAAAAACUGGCAAAAUGUCAGGUGCUUGUAUCUCAAAACAACCAUGGGAAGGACAGUCCGGAUCUUUUGAGUUGGUGCUUUUGUUUUUCUAGAGUUCUGUAGGGAGAGCUGAGAAUUGGAUUUGUCAUCUUCUUCUAGUGGUUAAAAUCCCUUUUUUGUUUUUCCAUUUUCUUGGAUUUUCCAGCUUCUGAUUAUGCAAAACACUGAGAUUUUGAUUUGUUCUAAGGAACCAUGUUUUGGAAACCAGAAAAGUGUGUGCCCUACCUUAACAUGAAAUGAACAAAUAUAAAUGAAA